UAAACGUCCAAUAUUCGGACUUAGCCAUACGUGGGGAACUCCGAACGCGAAACGUAGUAGCUUACCGACAAUACAACGGAAACCUCACUAUCCAAUUCUGUAAUGGCGGUGGUGACCGGCGGCGUUAUCAGCUUUGAAGUGCUCCCGGAAGAUUGCAUCGCUAACGCGCUGUCCUUGACGAGCCCCGAGGACGCUUGCCGCCUCUCACUGGUGGCCUCCGCCUUCUACUCCGCCGCCCAAUUCGACGCCGUCUGGGAGCGCUUCCUGCCCGCCGAUUACCGCGACAUCAUUUCCCGGUCCGGUGACGCCGCCGAUUUGCUCGCGUCCGCCUCCAAAAAGGAUCUCUACUUCCGUCUCUGUGAUAACCCCAUCCUUAUUGACGAUGGCACCAAGAGUUUUUCACUGGAGAAGAAGAGUGGGAAGAAAUGUUAUAUGCUGGCUGCAAGGUCCCUCAAGAUUGUGUGGAGUGACACACCCAGAUACUGGCAAUGGAUUUCUCUUCCUGAAUCCAGGUUCUGUGAAGCUGCUGAGCUUUUAGAUGUGUGCUGGCUUGAAAUUUGUGGCAAGAUAAACAGCAGCAUGCUGUCUCCCAACACAAACUAUGCAGCUUACCUUGUGUUCGCGCUGCAACCGAGAACCUAUGGUUUUGAAUACCAGCCGGUGGAGGCCUCAAUCGAGAUCAAUGGACACGAGGCGCAAAAGAGGACUGUUUAUUUGGAUCACCAAAGAGAGCAGAAAGAGAGGUACGCGGUUGUACAAAGGCGGAUAGGGAUAUUCAAUCACCGCAUCACCCAUAGAAUGAGACAGCGCGAGAACGCUGGGUACUCCAAGGAGAGAAGUGAUAAAUGGAUGGAAGUUGAGGUGGGAGAGUUUUUUGUCAAGGAUGGACCGGAUUCUGAGAUAGCUAUGUGUUUGAUGCAGAUCAAAAGCCAUUGGAAGAGCGGCGUGAUUGUUCAAGGGAUUGAGGUUAGGCCAAAGGAGGAUAAAUGAAUAGUGUUUUAUAUAUGCAUUCUUUGUGAUGAUGAUGAUGACCAGAUGGAUUGGAGAACCAAUUCCAUCUCAGAAAACAGUAGUGAUUGUAAGAUAGGAAGAAGGGGCAUAGAGAUGGUGGGAGAGGAGGAUUUUGAGACUUCUAUUCUGAAGCUUACACUUCUCCCCCCGUAUGAUUUGAACUAUGAUCUUAUUGCAAUCAGAUUCAUCUUUUUGUUUCAUUGUA